AUGGAUCGUCACGACAACGAGCUGACCCUGCGUCUGGAUGGGGGCGGGGCAGACGGGGAGGCCAGCGCGGCUCCAGGCCGGAGCCGAGAGAUCAUCACCGACCCAACAGUGGUGAUCUGGGAAACGCCUUCCCCUCAGGCUCCAACAAGAGCUUCCAGGUGGAGAAGACUGCAGGGAAUGGGCAUGAUGGAAAGGCUAGCUGGGCGUUGCAUGCGGGACCUGAGGCUGAACGGUCGAUACGUACCUCUGGAUGGCCAGUCCAGAGACGGGGUCUCUGUGGUCAGCUCCCAGGGGCUCUCCGUGGGCUGCUCCUCCGACUCCUGCAAGAGGAACCAGUGUAGCCCCCCCUUCACCUGCGUUGACCUCUGGAGAGUCCAUGAGUGCAGAUGUCCACCUGGCCACAUGGUGAAGGUGAACGGUACUGGAAAGUUCUGCGUCUACACCCUGUGUGCCAGUCGGCCGUGCCACCGGGGCACCUGCGUGGCACAGUCGCCCUCCAAGUUCACGUGCCACUGCCCCGAGGGCUACCGGGGGCACCACUGCGAGGUGGCGCUGGCCAUCUACCGAGACGACGUGGGCCUGAGCUUCAGCUCCCUGUUCGCCAUUUGCAUCUGCUUCAUGGCUCUGCUAGUGCUGCUGCUGGGCAUCUUCCUGUACACCCGCUGGCGCAGUUACAAGGGCCUAAAGGAGGGCGUUUACCACGUGUCAGCUCACCAUGACGGCUGGGAGGACAUCAGAGAGAACGUGCUCAACUACGACGAGGAAGGAGGAGGAGAGGAGGACCAGAAUGCCUAUGAUAUGGCCGAGCUACAGAAGUCUCUCCAGCCCAGUCCGGCCCAGUCUGUCCAGUACAGCCGCUCCAGGGCCAUCCACCAACAUCACCACACCCAGCACCAACAUCCCCAGCCCCAGGACACUCUUAGCAGGUUGGGCGCCAACACCGCCCUCUCCUCCUUCACCACCACCCUGCGGAGGGACGUGCCGCCCAUCAGAACCCCCGCCCAGGGCCAGAGCAGGCCCCUCCUGCUGGCCAGAAAGAGCCUGUCCUUCUCCAGCCAGGAYCUGGCCCGCUACCUGUGUGAGAUCAUCCGGGAUGCUGACCAGGCUCCAGAGACGGCCCCCUUCGACUCCCUGCAGGUGUUCUCCACGGAGGGGGGAGGCUCGCUGGCCGGGUCCCUCAGCUCCUUCAGCUCAGCCGGGCUGGAGGAGGACACGGCUAGGGGCCAAGACUCCCUGAAGGAUUGGGGCCCACGUUUCGAGAAACUCAAAGCCCUCUACGAGAAGACCGAGGCCAAUGACCUCUGAACGCUGAGGGAGACCAAGCUACUGUACUGCAGAGACCACCAAACAGCAGGAAACUACAGAGCUACAGGAAACUAAUUGGAAGCAUAGGAGGAAAGAGAGAAGUUCGGGAAGGAGAGAGAGACUGAUGGAGAGCUUGGCCUCUYUCCUCUCUGAGAGUGACUUAUUCUCCACAGGGUUUUUCCCUCUAAACGGGCCUAGAGCGAGGCUGAGGCUGGGACUGACGUUAACCUAACCGGGCCUAUAGCUGAGACUCACUGGAUAAUGGGAGCUGCCAAUCAAUGACACGGACAGAUUAAUUAUGGCACUUACCGAGCAUGGCACACAGACCUAUUGUAGUGACUUGCGGUUGACAAUGAUUCGGGUGAAAAUGUUAUUAUAUUUGUCAGUGAAAUGAAUUGCGAGGAUUGCCUGGCACCUCUUGGACCUUGAUAUACCGUAUUCCGUUCUCUAUGUCUGUAAUACAUCAGUGUUUUAAAAACUGCUUAGACAUUUGAUACAGGAAGAUUUUUCUGUGGCCUUCCAGCGGGCUCUCUUUCUAAAAUCACUUUGCUGGGUGUGCAGUCAACAGUUAACAGUUGUGCUCGUAAGUUAUAUCCUAAACUUCUCCUUACUUGAUUUGGUUUUCUAUUCACUUCACUCUCCCCUCUAUUCAUUUAUAUUCACCGGAGGGAGAGAGCUCAGAAAUCAAGCUGGAGAGAAGAAUAGAAAGGACAGAGGAGCUGAGGAAAGGGCCUUUUCUGUUUCUCAGCUUUAACCUUCUUUCUCAGGAAUACCAAACAUUCUGAACACCACCAUUGCAGCUGAAGACCAUGAUAUGAAUACAAAUGACUAAUUCAUCGUGAAUGGCGGUCCAAGGUGAAAAAAAAGUGCAGAGAGGGUGGCACCCGAAGCCUCCUAUAGAAUGGACAGUGGACGCCCUCUGACCUUCGCUGUUGUUGCCAUGGUGUUGUGGAGGCAGACAUAGUUUACUGUAUUCACUGAUAUAUGUCUGAAAGGGAGUGUUUACCAGUUGUGUUAGAGGUGGCGGGAGCUUUCACUGUAAACAGUAUGAGCCCAGCAGUAUGAGCGAUGGAAGGGAAAUGAUCCAUCUACAUGGGUAGUCACACUAAGGAUCUCACCAAGGGGGGUUCAGCUAUUUAUCUUCCCCAAGGCUGGAGGAUGAUGCACUUACCCCCACAAACAGUUCUCCCCUAUCAUAUAAACCAGGACCAAUCUGCCCGCACUAAAAACCCUUCAGAAGCCAGCGUUCACUGCAUUUGUGUUGUUCACCUCUGCUUUGAGAGAGGAGUGCAGCGUGGAGGUGAAAUUAGCCGUAUAAUGCAGAAGGGAGGAAGAGUGGAAAGGAGGGAGAGUUUGUGCUCGUUCAAAGCACCUCUGGGACUCGGAGUUAAAUGUGCUUGUGUGAGGAGCUGUGAAGCUCCAUGGGGAGUAGAGAAGGGGACGGGAAAGGGUUUUGGAAMUGGUUUGUUGCACAGCAAAUGGAAUAAAUAAAAAGAAACGUAACCUCCCUCUGCGAUAGACUAAACGCCAACGUUGUAUUUCAUGUAUUUCGAGGUAGCGUCAGCACACCCUUCUCAUUAUUUUGAUUUCGUUUCUAUUUUUCCACUGCAGAGACGCUGCAUGUUGAGCGUGACGGCAUAACAGUAAAGGGUAGGAGUGUGUUAAAACACAUCAGAACACUAAUCCUAAUGGGAGUUGAUGGCGGCGCUGUCAUGCUGUAAACCAAAGGAUCACGGGAGUUUUAAAAGUCGAUUGAGAAGUCGACAUUCUGAUUACGGAUUUCAAACGUGCCAAUUUUCUGAAGGCAGCCACAACGUGAGUUUAAAAUAGGAUGGGGAGAUGAGGGUAUGGAAUGCUGCCGCAAUGCAAUGCUUUUUUAUAGACAACAAAAGCUCCUCAAGGGAUGGAGUUCUGAUUCAUCUUCCGAGCAUGGUUGGCCAGGAAUCUGGCUUAUAGAGGAGCUAGUAAAAAUAAUAAUGAUUAAAAUGUGAAGAUUGUGUUUGGGAUUCACAUGAUUUCUCUCUGGGUUGGGGAGAGGAGAUUCUACUUUAAUUUGUAUCAUAAAUGGCUUCAACAUUGUCUAAUGGAUACAGACAUAUUGUGGAAUUUUAUGUUUUUACCUCAUUUGUAUAUAGAAAGAUAAAUUAAGUCAUUGCUUUUUUAAAUGUGUCAAUGGAAGAACUAUGGAUCACGUACUGCUUCUUUAAGAAAAAGUGAACUUAUCUUUUUUAUCAUUAUCAUGACCAGCUUUGAAUAUAGAUAUCUUGRUGUUUUGUAUUUGCAUCAAUCUUCUUUCUCAAUAAAGAUUCAUUUAUUUGAAUCAGUGAUUUUCCUGAUUGUUUGCAUACAGCAUGAUGUGAGUUUAUGGCAGGGUUCCCCAACUGGCGGCCCGAAUUUGGCCCGCGUGUGGUUUUAUUUUUGCGGCCCAAGUUACCUGAGCAAAAAAAAUUAAAGAUGUUGUUCAAAUUUCAUUGUUUGACAUAAAAAGAAAACUGUAAAAACA